AUGAGCGGUGCAGGUAAGGAGGAGGAGCGACCUAAGCUGGAAAGGUUUGACGGCACACAGCCAUCGACAUACAAGAGGUGGAGACGCAAGGCCAUGCUCAUGCUUAUGGCUUUGCCGACGACUUACACCAAGGACCGUUGGGGUGCAAAGUUGAUGGAGUACUUGGCUGGAGAAGCCGAGGAAGUCUGCGAGGCACUGCCAAUAGAGAAGCUAGUGAAGGAAGGAGGCCACGAUUUGGUCUUCGAGGCUCUGGACGCAAAGCACAAAGAGUUGCAGAAGGACGAUCCGAGCCCAAGAGUCGUUUCGCAACUUGACAGUUCGGCUGGAAACGGCAUAUGCCAGGGGUCUUUGGUGUACAAGGAGGUGACGGCGGCCAUUACGGCUAUCUUCCCUCAAGGUGUUGCAAGGACUGGUGGGCACAAGAGCCGGGAAGUCUUUGAAGCUCACGGUGAUGCAGAUGACGAGAUCGUGAUGAGCGAUCAUGGCAGCUCUGGCCCUCCAGAGCCUUCCUCAGAUGAGCUGGAAAGCACAGAGCGCACGCCGCGAGAUCAGCAAGUGUACGGCCCACCAACGGCCGCAGACCUGGCUCCGAAGGGGCCGCCGAGACCCGUUCCUGUGCACUAUGAUGCUGCUAGCCACGCGAUGCCUCCUGCUUUGGCUGAUCCAGCCACAGUCUCCGAUGAUAAUGCCGACGGAGAGGAUCAUGAUGGAAGUGCCCGGCCAGGGCCUACACACACAGGGUCGCGAAGACGACCCCGUGCAUCGACUUCUUCCAGCUCCAGCUCCGACUCUGAGACCCAUAACGCCGCUCACGCUACCGAUGAAGACGACGAAGAGGAGCCAGAUGCAGACGCGGCAGCAGAUGCCGCCGACAGCCACACUGACGGGGGAUACUGGUCUGAGACCUCCUUGGUCUUGGAAGGCCAGGAAUUGGCCGAUGCCUGUGACACUUUCGUUACUUUGUACCGAAGACAGCUUACAGAACAACCAGAAGGCAUCAACAACAGGUCCAGGGGUUCGCGACACAACGUCUGGAAGGGCAGAGCCAUUGCACUGCGAAAUUUCAGAGUGUGCACAUGGCCGCUGCGGCUACAGCUGCUCCUCUGCCAUCCCGGCUGCCUGCAGCCAGUGCCGCUGCAGGCGGACAGAUACGCAUGUUCGCCCCCGGACAGGUCCAGUGGCAUUUUGGUGAUGCUCUCCAAGAAAUACUUCGAGGAUCCAGCAGUGCACGAGCCGAUUCCAGGCAGGGUCCUUCAGGUUCGAGCGACUGUAAAAACGAGCCAGCUUCCGAUCACAAUAGUGGGGAUCUACCAACAUGUCUGGCGGACUCACUUGUCUGCGAUACAGAAUCUUGAGCUGCGCAGGGGAGUCUGGCACGCUAUUUCCACGAUCGUGCAGCAAACCCCACAACGCCAUCACCUCCUAAUCGCUGGUGACUUUAAUGCCAACCUCACCCCACAACACCCCCACGUAGGUGGUGCAGCUACCCGAUCCCCGGCGGCCAACCAUUCGCCGGAGCUGCAGCAGCUGCUUGCAGAAGGCGACCUCUGCGCCCUGAACACUUGGCACACACCUCAUCGUGAUACGUAUGUAACCCCGACCCACAAUAGUCAAAUAGACUUCGUUGUGGUUCGCUGUGCCGAAGCUAAGGGUAAGGCAAAGCACUGUAUACCCCUCGUGCGGUUUCCUGUUGCGGGCUGGCGGCAGGCUGGCCACCGCCCGCUUCAUGCUGAGCUGUGGCUGCGCCCCUUUCGCAGGCAAGAACCAGCACACCUGCCCGCCCAACAUCGCUGCCAGUUAGAUGUUCUGCAGCAGGCAGUGGCAGACCAGACUGAACCUGCACAAGCUAUGCAGACUCAUGUUGAGGCUCGCGUGCAGCAGCUGCUGCAGCAGUCCUCUCCCAAUGCCUCCUGCCUUCAGGCCAGUCUGAAUCAGAUCUUGUGGGAUGCAGCUGAGAAAUUCUUUCCGGUUAAGCCUAAACCGGAUAAUCGCAUAAGCAAUAACCCGCAAUAUAAAGCCUCUGCCCGGCAGACAUGGGCCCUGUAUGCCAGACUCAAGUCAGCGUCGGUGGUCACCUUCUCUCACAUUUGGCGAAAAUGGCGCUUGCUAGUGCAGUUUCGAAAGGCCUCUCGGGCUCUUCGACAACAAAGCAAGGACCUCAAGCGAGCCUUCUAUGAACAGCAAAUUCAAGAGGCAGAAGAGGCUGCAGCCCGCCAUGACCAGAGAACCCUGUAUCAGAUUGUCAAACGAAUGGCGCCGAAGUCCUACAAGACUGCCUCUCGCCUGCUAGGCCCCGAUGGUCGCUUGAUGACGCCUUCUGGCGAACUGCAGGCCAUCCUCCAGCAUGGCAAGCAAACCUUUGCAGCCCUAAUAGAUGUAGAACACCCACUUGAGCCAGACGAGCCUCUUCACAUUCCUGAACAGAGCCUGCAAGAUGAACUUCGAGCCCUGAAAUUACGAAAAGCGGUCCCGGCUCAUAUUGCACCGGCGGCCGUCUGGAAGCAGUGCCAUGCCUGUCUCGGCAGUUGCCUUGCCAGCGCUCUUAACGACCACUUUGCUCUGCCAGCUCAGCAGCCUUUGCAACAUGACUGGAAAGACUGCUACAUCAAGUGGCUCCCGAAGCCGAACAAACCACCGGUUUCUGUUGAAGCUCUUCGUCCAAUCGGACUCCAAUGUCCAACGACCAAAGCACUCGCAGGUGCCCUUCGUGAGCGGCUACUACAAGUACUUCAUCCAGCCUUGGCCUCGCUUCCCCAAUUUGCCUACAUCAAGCAAAGAGGCACACAGGAGGCCCUCCUUAGGGUUCACAUGCACUUCCAUCAGGUUGCUAGUAUUCUGAAAGACAACAUUGUGGAUCGAUUCCAGCAAAAGGCAGGCAAGAAGGCUGCCAAGUGCAUUGGAGCAAUGAGCCUGUCGCUAGACCUUUCGCGUGCAUUUGACAGUGCGAGCCGACCUGAAGUGUACCAAACCAUGCUCCAUCAUGGGGUGCCCAAGGAGGUAGUUAAUGCCGUGCAGCAGCUUCACCUGCAUGCCCUUUACAAAUAUCAGGUAGGUCAGAACAGCUACGGAGCUACGAGCACAACCAAUGGCGUGAAACAGGGCUGCAAAAUAGCACCUUAUCUUUGGUGCUUCCUAACCCUGCGGUUCAUGGAGCUCCUUAUGCAGUCUAGGAGUGAGCAAUGGCUAGCUCACAUCAUGACAAUCUUCGCGGAUGAUGUGUGGUCGAACUGGAUUAUACGUAGCCUGACUGACUUCAAACGAGCGAAAGCUGAUCUUGAACUGAUUCUUACCAUCCUUGAAUCUCUUCAUCUUACUGUAAAUUUUACAAAAACAGCCAUCCUACUUGUUUUAGAGGGCAAAGAUGCUGCAAAAAUUCUUCGCGACCAUACUAUCACCAAGGCCGGUCAACAUCUUCUCCGACUCACUGUGUCAGGCCGCGACUGCACUCUUCCAAUAAAGGCACAACAUGAAUACUUGGGGUCGAUUGUCUCCUAUCAGGGUCGUAAAAACUUGAAUGCAGACCAUCGUGUGAAGGCCGGGAACGGCCGCUAUCAAGCACUUCGUCGUACCCUCAAUGGGCAUCAUGUACUUACGGCUCAUAACAGGAUUCGCCUUUGGACAGCCUGUGUGCAGACCAGUGCACACUACUCAUUGACUGCGGUCGGCCUGACCAGCAAAGGUCUUGACAAGCUGACGAAAGCCUCGACCAAACAGCUGCGAGCCGCUCUUAGGCAGCCGGCACACAUCAGCCAUACCACAACAGCACAGAUCUGGCAGCAGGCGGGUCACCCACUUCCUGCUCAACAGCUCGCCCAGAGCCUGGAACAGUAUGUCCUUAAACAACAAGCCCGAGCCACUACUGCACCCGACAUCACCACAAUGCCCCAGGUCCUACAGUAUGCUGAGGAGCAGCUCCGUCAGCUGCAAAUCCUUGCUUCCACUCCUCUGCGGGAGGAGCGAACCGUAGAUGAAGCCUCCGUGCAGACCGUAGCCUGUCCGGAGUGUGGUGAAAGCUUUGCUAGCCUCAAUGGCAUGCGCAUACACUGUCAGCGCACGGCAGGCUACCGGCACACCCAAAGUGCCCCACUACCUUCGAUGCAGUGGCCCACUCAGUGGGAGGACUCCCAGAAUGCCGUCUCUGUCACAGACGCUUCUUCAGGUAUCAGCAGCUGGUUAAACACAUCAACACAGGAGCAUGUGAAGCCCUUGGAGGUGAAAGCUUCAUUCGCAAACCCGUCGAAGCAGAUGCACUUCAGGUCACGAGUGAGAUGCCACCGGCAACCUCCUCCGACAGCCACACUCUGGACGUGGAAAACAUACCUGAAGAUCAACUGCCCUUAG